UCUUUUGCUUGCUGUAGUUGAAAACAUAAUUUUUGGAAGGAAUCAAAUAAAUGAUAAUUGUUAAUUGAAUAAUCGUUAUAUUUAUAUACCCAGUACAUUGAUGUAUUAUUUGCUGUUUGUUUCAUUGAAAAUAUUUAUGAAAUAGUUAGGUUCGAAUUGCACGCGAGUAAAUGCAACUUGUUUUGAAACAGUUACACAAUGAAACGUAACAAUGGACAUUAUGAAUAAUUAUAAUAUAUUAAUAGUGCAUUUUGUUUUCCUUACAAUACACUAAUUAACAUAUUAUAAAAUUAAUAAAAUAUCAAUUUAAUUCCUGGUUGUUUCUACCGGUAAAUAAAGGUUAUGUUUUGUAUGGAAGUUACAAGCAUAUAGUUCCAAUAAACUGUGUUAAUAAAAAUGAACAAAUUACUGUCUAUUCCGAUAAAGGAAGUAAGUAAAAAAAUACAUGCAGGUGAUGUGUGUCCUUCUGAUAUCACAAAAGCAGCUGUUAAAUUAACAUCAGUUAUCAAACCACUUAAUGCUUAUAUCACUGUGACUGAUGAUACAGCAAAGAAACAUGCUGAAGAUUCAGAUUCAAGACAGAAAAAUCAAAGUUUGUUGGGUAAACUUGAUGGAAUUCCAGUCGCAGUUAAAGAUAACUAUUGCAUCAGGAAUCACUUAACAACUUGUGGGUCAAAGAUGCUUUCAAAUUUUACACCUACAUAUGAUGCAACUGUAUAUAAACGUUUAAAAGAUGCUGGGGCAGUUUUAAUUGGUAAAACUAAUCUUGAUGAAUUUGGAAUGGGUUCUGGCACUAUUGACUCAUAUUAUGGACCAACCAAGAAUUUAUGGAACUCAGAUGUAUUAGAAAAUUAUUAUUCUUGUAGUAGUGAUUCAGAGAAGCAUUGUACAUCAUCUUCAAAUGAAAAUUCAUGGUAUAUAGCAGGUGGUAGCAGUGGUGGUUCUGCUGUAGCAGUUGCUACUAGAAGUUGUUAUGCUGCGUUAGGUUCAGAUACAGGAGGUUCAACACGAAAUCCAGCUUCUUAUUGUGGUCUUAUUGGUUUGAAACCUACUUAUGGUUUAGUUUCACGUUAUGGACUUAUUCCUCUUGUAAAUUCAAUGGAUGUCCCUGGUAUUCUAGCAAGAAAUGUUGAUGAUGCUUUGUUAGUUUUAAAUACUAUAGCUGGUCCAGAUGAAGCGGAUUCCACUUGUGUGAGAAGGGAAUAUGUACCAUUUAAUUUACCAGAUACUAUAAAUAUAAGUAACUUUAGAAUUGGAAUACCUAAUGAAUAUAAGCAAACAAGUAUAAGUCCUGAAAUACAAGAAUGUUGGGAGGAACUAUCACAGUUUUUGACAGAAGCUGGAGCAUCAGUUGUCCCAGUGUCACUGCCCCAUACAAGUUAUUCUAUAAUGUGUUACACAGUAUUGAAUCGUUGUGAUGUUACCAGUAAUCUGGCUCGUUAUGAUGGAAUAGAAUAUGGCUAUAGAGCAGAAGAAUCAGAUUCUUUACAAGAAUUGUAUAGAAAAACAAGAACAGAAGGAUUUGGUAAAGUAGUCAAGGAACGCAUUUUAGUUGGAAAUUACUUUUUAUUAGAAGAAAAUUAUGAUCAAUAUUACAUCAAAGCAAUGAAGAUACGAAGAUUAAUCUCAGACGAUUUUGAAGCAUUAUGGAACAACAAUAUUGAUUUUGUACUUACUCCUACUACACUCACAGAGGCUCCAAAGUAUAAUGAAUUUAUGUCACUGGACAAUCAAACACAAUGUUUAAUUCAAGAUUACUGUACUCAACCUGCUAAUAUGGCAGGCAUACCAGCAGUUAAUGUUCCAAUUAAACUUUCUAAGAAAGGUUUACCUUUAUCUUUACAACUUAUGGCUCCUUCUUUCCAUGAGAAGGGCCUUCUUACAUUGGCAAAAUGGAUAGAACAAAGAGUACAGUUCCCAGUGCUUGAAUUGAAAGAUACAGCUUUGUUUAAAUAAAGUGUUGUUAAACUAU